CAUGUUUCAAGGGCAGCGCGGGUGGUUCUGUGGCAGCGUCAGCCAGGACCUGAGGCAGUUCUGGGGUGGGAAGCCUGCAGAAGGGCCGCGAGAGGCAGGGCAGUUGCCAGAUUGCCUGCGAGGCUCACCCUGUGCUUUUGCUUUUGCCUCCACAGUGGCGGAAGGAGGCACGGUCAGUGACGCGGAAGCCGCCGAGUUCCUCUUCAGCUGCGACGCCUCGCACCCCGACACGCUGAGAAUUUACCAGAGCCUUGAUUACAUAGAAGAUAAUGCUACAGUUUUUCAUGCCUACUAUCUCUCUGCAGUAGCCAAUGCUGAAAUUAAAAACUCAGUGGCUUUAGGUCAUUUUGUUCUUCCUCCUGCAUGCCUGCAAAAAGAAAUAAGAAGAAAAAUUGGUAGUUUUAUUUGGGAACAAGAACAACACUUUCUGAUAGAAAAGCAUGAUGAAGUAACAUCAAAUGAAAUAAAUACCUUUAGGGAAAACAGUGAACUAGCCACAGAGAAUGAAAAAGAAUUAUCCAAAAGCACAGAAAAUAACUUUUUAAGGACUCCAGUUAUAGAAAAGCAGAUGUACUUCCCUCUUCAGGAUUAUCCAGUGAAUAACAUGUUAACAGGUUACAUAUCAAUUGAUGCCAUGAAGAAAUACCUUGGGGAGUUACAUGACUUUGUUCCCGGAAGCUCAGGCUAUCUGGCAUAUCAUGUUCAAGAUGAAAUCAAUAUGUCUGCUAUAAAAAGCAAAUUGAAGAGGAAAUGUUAAGUUAAAUUGUCCUUAUAUCUGGGCAUUUAUUUUCUAUAAAAUGUUACCAGAGAUGUGCAUAAUAACUGCUCCCAUCUGGGACCAGGAAAUGGGUGGUGGAGAAGUCUUCUCUUUCUCAGUGAGUACCUGUGGAAAACUCAGGAUUAUUUUUGGCUCUGAGUUUUGUUGUUUUGUUUUUCGUACCAGGGAUCAAACUCAGGACCUUGUGCUUGCCAGGCAGGUGCAGCGGGCUCUGAGUUUUGAUAUCUUUUUUUUUUUUUUUUUUUUUUUUGGUACUGGGGAUGGAACUCGGGUCUUUGCGCUUGUGUAGCAGGUGGCGAAACCACUGAGCUAAAUCCCCGGCCCUGAGUUUUGACAUUUGUACUGGACUUUUCCCCCACCUUGUAACAUGUUCACAAAUUCUGAGUGUACAGAUUGUCAGUGAAACAUACUCUAUAUGAGCCUCUCUCUCUCUCUGUCAAUUUCUUAAAAAAUUUUAACAUUCUGUUUUUUCUAGGUUCAAUAUUGUGAAUGCAAGGUUUUAUGAUUCUGGUUAUUCUAUUUUGAUUUUACAAGUUUCUGUCCCUGACUUGGUACAUAUGGAGUAAAACACUUUACUAAUUCA